UCUCCCUCUUUUCCCCAACACAGAUUGGAUUGAAGGAGUGUCUGUUUGUAUGUGUGGCGGGCAGGGUUAACGUGGCUUUGAGGCUGUGUGUAUGUGUGUGGAUCCGGCAACAUUUACUCAGCACCAAGCAGGCAACCCUGACGUCAGGACUUGCAGACUCCUAGUUAAAGAGGGCUGACGUGGGCGACCAGAGAGAGAGAGAGAGAGACAGACAGCGCUUGAAGAUGGCCACUGUAAGCAACGGAGUACAGCUAGACACCAACAACAGUGGCGGCAGCGGACGAAUGAACGGCUUAAGCCACAGUCAGAACACCAUCCCAAUGAAAGAUCACGACGCCAUCAAACUCUUCAUCGGCCAGAUCCCCCGUAACCUGGAAGAGAAGGACCUAAAACCGUUGUUCGAAGAAUUUGGCAAGAUCUACGAACUGACUGUGUUGAAAGACCGUUUCACUGGUAUGCACAAAGGUUGUGCCUUCCUCACGUAUUGUGCCAGGGAUUCGGCGCUUAAGGCUCAGAGUGCUUUACACGAACAGAAGACAUUGCCAGGGAUGAACCGACCGAUUCAGGUGAAGCCUGCUGACAGCGAAGGCCGUGGAGAAGACAGAAAGCUCUUUGUGGGUAUGCUGGGGAAGCAACAAACAGAAGAUGAUGUGAGGCGGCUGUUUGAGUCCUUUGGUUCAAUCGAAGAGUGCACCAUACUCAGAGGUCCUGACGGAACCAGUAAAGGCUGUGCAUUUGUAAAAUAUUCCUCGCACGCAGAAGCUCAAGCAGCCAUCAACAGUCUGCAUGGAAGCCAGACUAUGCCAGGUGCGUCAUCCAGCCUGGUGGUGAAAUUCGCCGACACCGACAAGGAACGCACACUGCGUCGCAUGCACCAGAUGGCAGGGCAGUUGGGCAUCUUUAAUCCAAUGGCAAUCCAGUUUGGCGCAUAUGGAGCUUAUACUCAGGCGCUGAUGCAACAACAAGCAGCAUUGAUGGCAGCAGCACAGGGCACCUACCUGAACCCAAUGGCUGCAAUUGCUGCAGCCCAGAUGCAGCAGAUGGCAGCCUUUAACGUGAAUGGACUGGUAGCAACACCAAUGACGCCGUCCUCAGGCACCAGUACACCCCCUGGCAUCAAUGCAACAGCUGUACCUAGUAUAGCUACGCCCAUUGGAGUCAAUGGGUUUAGUGCCAUGCCACCACAGACCAAUGGACAGCCAACAUCAGAUACCAUCUACGCCAAUGGCAUCCAUCCGUACCCAGCUCAAAGUCCAACAGUGGCUGACCCAUUACAACAAGCCUAUGCAGGCAUGCAGCAUUAUACAGCAGCUUAUCCUGCAGCGUACGCUCCCAUUGGUCAGGCAUUUCCACAGCAACCCCCUAUCAUUCCUCAGCAACAAAGAGAAGGACCAGAAGGGUGCAAUCUGUUCAUCUACCAUCUGCCGCAGGAGUUUGGGGAUGCUGAGCUUAUGCAGAUGUUCAUGCCUUUUGGCAAUGUCAUCUCUGCCAAAGUCUUUGUUGACCGUGCCACAAACCAAAGUAAAUGCUUUGGCUUUGUGAGUUUUGACAAUCCUACCAGUGCUCAGGCUGCUAUUCAGGCUAUGAACGGCUUUCAGAUUGGAAUGAAGAGGCUAAAAGUACAACUGAAACGACCAAAAGACGCUAACCGACCAUACUGACCUUCACACGCUCCUAACCAGGUUGGAAGCAUCGUCACAUUCAGUGAUCCUUUGUCACAAGUGCAGUCUGAAAAUUAAAUGACUUUUUUUUGCUGCGAAUCACUGUGGAAGAAAACAGAUUAGAUUUCAAAGGGGAAAAAAAAACACUUCGGGAGCGAUUUGGGGGAAUUAAAAAGGAUGUUGGAUGGAAACAAAAAAAACAAAAAUCAAAAAAUUAAUGACAAGAAAAUUAAUUCAUAUUCGCACUGGAACUGUGAUAGGGGCAUUGAGACACACCAUGACUGAGUUUAUCCGAAAGCACUGAAUAAUUGUUCAGAGGAUUAAACGAUAAUUACAGACUUUUCAAAUUUACCAAAGCCAGCUGGAUAAGAUUGUGUGCCUACAACCAACGUGACACGUCCUUGCCUUUGAAACAGGCAGGACAUUACAGAUUAAAGGGACAUUUUCAAAGCUGGCACAGGGACUUAAAAGUUGUACUACUGUAAAAUCACAUCAUUCCUUAGAUGAUUAGGGACCAAAGGACCAAACUUUUUUAAAUCUUAUAGUUGUAAGUAAAAAAAAAUAGAUCAUAACAUUUCAUGGUGAUUUAGGGCAAAAUAUGUGUGUACAAGAAAAGGCUUCAUAGGAUUUAAGAGUCAUUUUAGGAACACUUAAGUAUUUAGGAAGGAGCUCAGACAGUGGAAAGACAAUCGAUUCUGCAAUUAUAUGGGAGUGGAAAAUUCAUUUUAUAUUCCUGAAGAGCUGGCUCAUGAGCUAUGUCCCGAUGUACAGUAGCUGAUGAAAUAAUGGGACUUUCAUCAUCAAAGCACUAGAGGUUACUUGUAAAAAUUUAGAAAUGCUGUUCUUGCUGUUCCUAAGCAUUUAUUUAGUACUAUAAAUAUUAAAAGCUGUUCAUAUCAGAUCUGCCCUCUGUUGAUUGACAUUGUUUCUCAGGCAGUGUAAUGGUUCUCUUACUCAGGAGUGUUGUGUCUUGUAAAGUUUUCACACUCCCUGUCCUGGACAAACCACAGGAGUAGUGCUGGUUCACAGCAGCGUGAGUGGACCCUGGUCCAAUAUGCAAUACUACAUAGAAAAGAGGUAUAUUAUUAAAUAACAGGCAAAUAAAUACAACUGAGAUUCACGUGGACAAACAAUACACCCUGUUCUAUCUGUUUUACCUUGUUGAAGGUAAGUAUUGAUGAACAGAACAUUACUUAUUUUCUAUGUAUUCAUCUGAGGAAUGUUGAUUUCACUGGGAACGCCAGCAUUUAUUGUCCAUCCCUAAUUCCCCCUGAACACAGGAGGCAUUUAAGAGUCAACCACAUUAAUGGGCUCCAGACUCACAUAUAGGUCAGUGGAUAAGGAAGGCAGACCUCAUUCCCUCAAGCAUAUUAGAAAUAGGUUUCUAUGAUGGUUACUUUUACUGUUACUAGAUUAGACGGCUUUCUUUUAAUUCCAAAUUUAGUUUCAUGUUUAUCUGAAUUUAACUUCCCAAGCUGCCAUGGUGGAUUCAAACCCAUGCCUCUGGAUCAACUAGUUCAGUAACUUAACCACUGCACUACCAUACCCCAUUACGAAUGAAUCCUGAUCUCUCUGACACAGGUCUUUGAACAUAGCCUUACAAAGCAUCACACUUUAUCAUUUUACAAGUUUCCUUGCCUACAUUAUUCACAGUUUCUGUUAUUCAAAGUCAAGUCUUAAAGCAGUAAAAACGUUUUCUUUACAAAAGCGUUCUGUUGAGACAAGUUGGGGUCAUUGAGUUCGUCAAACUCGGCUGGCAUUCUGUUUCUACUAUUUAAUUGAGAAUUGCAUCUUGAAGGGUUCUGUAAGGUCUGAAUCAUCAUUCUUUUCUCAUGGAAUCCUUAUGAGCACAAUCAAAUUUGUAAUCUCCUUCCUUCAAGCCAAUCUUUAGGAACACUCUGUGCAAGAAAUAGGUGCAGAGUAGGAUACACAGCCCCUCAAUCCCAGCUGGCAUUCAGUGGGUCCGCAGAAGAAACCUAACAUCAAAGCUCCUUUUCCAUCAGAACUCCAAUGUCUUGAUUCCGUUCAAAAAAUAAAACACUGCAGAUGCUUCACAUUUGAAAUAAAAUACUGUAAAUACUCAGUGGGCAGCAUCAGGGAAAAGACCUACCCCAGCAACACCCUUGGUACUUUCAUUCCCCAGUGAGUUUCUUAUGGUUAGAGCAUUUAUUUUCCUUUUUUCCCUCUCCUCUAUUAUCAUUUGUUUCCAUACGUCCUCCAGGAAAAUCACUGGCAAAUAAAAGCCUACAUCACUCUCUCUCAGCCAGCACCACCCCUACUUGUGUCAUUCAGUUUCACUUGGUCUCCAUCCUAUCACAGACAUUCCCUCUGUUCUUUCCACCACUCACCCAUCUCUGCAGCUUUAAACAUGUUGGAUUUCUCAGUUUUCUACAUUCUGGUGAAAGCUCAUGAACUUGAAACCUUGACCGUUUCUUGAUCCUUUUUCUGGCCAAAGUUCUUUCAGUUUGACCUUUGAGCCCACUACACAUUGGGAUCAAUUUACAUUGGCCCAUUAAUCUACUGACCCACAUGUCUUAAGGACGUGGGAGCAAACUGGAGCACCCAGGGGAAACCCACGCAGUCACAGGGAGAACGUGCAAACUCCAAACAGACAGCACCGGAUGUUGGGAUUGGAUCCGGAUCUCGGAGAGGCUUCGUCACUGUGCCACUUUAUUCAGAAAUUGUCUCAGGAUCUCGGGCACAGAAAACUACUCAUCAACUGAGUUUAAGUCUGUCCCCAUCAGUUACCAUUAAUAUAGUGAUUGGUAGACAUGUGAUUCUCUGAUAUAUCCAAAGCAGGAGCCACAAAGCAUUUCCAAUGCGUUUGUGAUAUCCCAAGCACAUAGGCAAGUUUGUCUUCGAGUAGCAGACUGGUGAGCCUUUCAAAUGCAUGCACAUACAUUGAAAGAAUUGCGCAAUGUGCCAUGGUAAAUGCAUAUCUUGCCUUACUGCAACACGUAAGUAGGGGCGCCUCAGGGAAGCAUGCUGAGCCCCUACUGAAUACUAUCCAUUUCAAUUGCCUGCUCCAAAUCCUUCUCAUUCCUGAUGGCUCCAGUGUCACCAGAGGGGUUAACACGGACAAACCACUGAACAUAAGACAAAGCUCCACCAAGAACUCAAAGGUUGUUGAGACUGAUUGACUGGGGCAUUGCCCAACUCAGCAUUGGUGUUCUUCCAAUUACAAGGCUGCAUAAUCCAUCUUAUCAUCAUAAUGCUGCAUAAUCAUCUUAGGAAGGGUUCUGCAGGAAUGAAGCUGACUGAAGAAAGGGAAUUCUUGAGAAGGUUCAUCUCUAUUUAUCACUAUUCAUUUCUUUAAACAAUGCACUGAGACUCCUGAGAUAACCCAAAUUUUGUCCCACAGAAUUGGUACUUCUCAUUCUGGAAUCAAAAGUCAGAUCUCAAUGAAAUAUGGUCCAAUAUCUCAAUAAGAUUGCAGUGUCACUACAAGAAAUGCUACCAGAUCUCCCAGACCAGGAGCAAAGGAUUCAUGCAUAUCAAUAUUUAGUAAAUGCAUUCAAAUAAAGAAGAACAUCAGACAAAAUAAAAUGUGGCCGAUCAGGGUCGCUCCAUGCAGCUGAGAUGUCUCAUGCAUCAUUUCAAAAUGCCCCUUCCUUCCAGAUCAAAUUGCCAGCACAGAUCAUCAAGAGCAAAGUUUCAGGUAACAACUCCUACCUGUUGUGUGAUCAGGUUGUCUGGAACCUUGUACCUUUAAUGCCAUGCUAACUUUGACUGAAUUUGAAAACCAUUCAUUAGGAUGACGAGAAGAUUCUUCUUUACAUUGAAACAUACCCCAGAACCCUGAUGUGUAAAAGUAAUUCACAGCAAGUGCUGUAAAAUUCCUUGCAAAUUUCAGUAAUUUUCUUUACAUCACUGUUCAAUUCAUUUUCUGAUUGUCUGAUUUUUUUUCCAAUGGAUGGUGGAAGACCACAAUCAAGAAUCCUUAUCUAACAUAGGCAACCUUUGAUCAGUAAAGGUGAUAGCCAAUUCUUCCAAGAGGAGUCUGCUGCCUCCAGGUAGACUUACGGAAGCCUCAAUGUGAAUUAUUUCUCGGCAUUUCAGUGGGGUCACAGUUAUUGUACAGCCCAGGUCUCACAACAACAGGGUAACUACAGAACAAGUGACUCAAAACUUGUUACCUUUCCAUCUUCUCAAGUUCUGUAUGCAUUUGGAUCUAGAGCCAACUGGAUAUGGAUGCUUGAUUAGAAUCAUAGCAGUAAGAAGAAGGACAUUCUGCCCAUUGAGUCUAUGCCAGCUAUGACAGCAAUUGUGUUUGGUAUCCAGCAUUUUAAUCCAACCUUCCAAGAUUACCUCUCUAAUAACAUGAUGAUGUGCUACCAUAUCAUAAUCCACACAAUCUUGGACAACUCAAAUACAUCAGGAGAUCAGACCUUUCUCAUAACCUUGGAAUGAAAGGUUCUUAUUGUUCAAGUCAACAGUUUUAACCUGAAAGAGGUCAUGCCAGAAGAUACCAACCCACUAAUCAGCACUCCUGAGGACCCAUUGAGAAUCUAACCCAUUGAGAAACCAAGUGGGAGACUUAAAGUUUGAGGUGAUAGAUCAGGUAAUCAUUAAUUUAUACAAAAUCAGGCUUUAAAGACAUGGAUUAUUAAACCAAAUCUGAUACGUUAGUUAUACUUCAAAUGCAUUUAUCAAAUUGCAUUCAUAUCAUUAUCAUUAUAUUCCUUGUUGAAAUCUUACUGUCUACAUAAUCUUCCCAAUAUUGCACUCCUUUGUAGAUUCUUGCGUCCACUUUCAAAGUGAGUCUUUUAUCAACUUGUCACUUUGCAAUUCUCAGCAACCGUGAUGCUGUGGUGCCUCAUGUUUGCACCUAUUAUCUUCUCAUCUGUUCUACAGACAAGUUCCCUUGCGCCAAUCCAUGUGUCUGCCUUUUGAAUUAACUUGUGUCUCAUGCUUGGUUUAAUUAUCUUGACUUUCAAUCCCUCUUCUCCUGAAGAUUCUGCAUCUGAAACAUCAAAAUAAUGGACUGGUUUUUACACAGUAUACAAAUAGUGUAACUUCACCACACCUUCAAUGCUCCUGCUCCCAAUAUCAUAAUGUGCCAAGUACAAACUAAUGCUCCCUCCUAGAAUCUAAGAAAUGCCAUGUUUCCAUCAAUAUUUCCCUUCUUACUUAUCUGUACCAUAAUAGUGUUUGAGAGUAUGAAGACUAAUUUUAUAAAUUAAAACAAAUAGUUUAGUGAUUGCUCUAGAUAGCGAAACAAGCCAAUUUCUCUCUUCUAACUGUAAAAUAGUACACCAGCUGAUUUUACUGAAUGGUUUUAGAUUUGACCAAGAGUUUGCAGAAAGAACUUAAUUUUUAAAUCCUUUACCUUGCAUUGUUUUUUUUAAAACAACUGAACGAAAAACCUAUUCCAGUGCUGGACACUAACUUUGGCAAGUUAUAAAGUGGUGGUGUCUGAGGGUUACAUGGAUUACAAACCAAAUGUUGGUGUAUUCUGGUGUUUAAUUGUGCCUUGAGGCACUAGCUUUGCCAUUUCCCCUUCUGUUUGCCCUAAGAAUCCUGAUACAAAAUUUAAAACUUGAUUCAAUGUGUUCCUUUAUUGAAUGAGAACACUGAAAAUGUCAGAGCUUUCUGCAUUUUGUAAAUUAACCCUAGAGAUGCUCCCAAGACAAGUGUUUGCUUUUGGUGCAGAGUGUACCUUUAACAUAAUCCAAAAUAAGCAAUGCAAACAAGAAAUCUACUGCACAUGGCAUAUCAAUGACCAUUUUAGCUAUUCUUCUUAUUACAUAUGUUUACAUUGGGUUUAUAGCACAAAACAGGCCAUUUGACCCAAACAGUCCAUGCUGGGGUUUAUAUUUCACUCCAGCCUCUUCCCACACAUCUUCAGCUAAACCUAUAAGUGUAUUCAUUACCCAUUUCUCCCUUACAUGCUUGUCCAGCCUCUCCUUACAUCCAUCUAUACUUUUCCCCACCCACUCCCUGCGGGAGUGAGUUCCACAUUUUCACUACACUUUGGGCAAAAAUGUUUCUUUGGAAUUCUUUAUUGGAUUUCUUGGUGACUAUCCUAUAUUUAUGGCUUCUGUUUAGGUUCUUUCACACAAAUAGAAACAUUCUGCAAAUGCUUGAUCAAGACCUUUCAUAAUUUUAAGACUCUAUCAGUCACACCUCAUUCUUUUCUCAAAAGAAAAGAGACCCAUUCUGUACAUCUUUUCUGAUCUGCACACCCUCCCACUCCUGCUUUCUGAGCUGCUCAUCUCUGCACCAUCCCCAGUGCCAUAAUAUCCUUUUUAUAACAUGGUGCCCAUGACUGUGUGCAUUACCCUAGGUGUGAUAUAACCAAGGUUUUUUACGUUAGAUUAACAUUCCUACUUUUCAGUCCUGUCCCUCAUAAACCCUCAUAUUUCGUUUGCUGCUUUCAUGUCCUUGCCCGAUGAGAGUGGAUACCACUGAAGGACUUCUGGGAUAAAACAACUUUAAAUGCCCUAACAUUCCUCUUAAGUACACAAGGAGAACACAAGCCUUCUAAUGCAAACAAUGACCAGAUGGUUUAAGUCCAAGAGAAAAGAAGUCCUGAUCCAGGGUUUCGACCCAAAACGUCAACAAUUCCUUUUCCCCUUACAGAUGUUGCCUGACCCGCUGAGUUCCUCCAGCAGAUUGUUUGUUGCUCCAGAUUCCUGCAUCUGCAGUCUCUUCUGUUUCCAGAUAAGAAUGCUAUCCACUUGCAGAUUGAAUACUCGUGACCAGUCACUCUUACUUUCAAAGAAGGUUCAAAUAGCUCAGGAGUAACAAAUAGAAAUGGCAGCAUAUGUAGAAAGAAAGAAUGUUUAUGUGGGGCAGGUAGGGUUGGUGGAUAAGAUUACAGUCCAGGCUCUGUCAAUACAUCGUUAGAAAAUCUUGAAAGAUACUCCAGAUCAGUGUGCCUAUUCCAAAGGCCUGGAGUGCUGGGACCUUUGCACUGUUGCAGGAGCUUUUGAGAAGAGAUUUUCUGCUUUUCUAAGGACCAGAAGCCUUAAAACUCCUCUGAAACCCAUAAGGAGAGCAAAAAGAAUUGCAGCACUUGCCUGUGUGAUAUGAAUAUUAUCUUUGGUCAUGAGUAUUGAUACUGAAGUGGAUAGCAUUCUUAGCUACUCAGUCCUGAUGCAAGGUUUCGACCCAAAACACUGACAAUUUCUUUACCCCAGCAGAUGCUGCUCGACCUGCUGAGUUCCUCCAGCAGAUUGUUUGUUGCUCCAGAUUCCAGCAUCUGCAGUCUCCUGUGUCUAACGUUCUUAUCUCUGAUUUAAACCACUUGGCAUUGCUUUUCAUUUUAUGAGGGUUAGUGCUUCCACGGUGAUGUUGAAACAGCAGCCUUCCUUCACUGAGAAUCAUAAUUGCACAAUGGCAAAAGUGACAGGUGGGAAAAAGGCCAUUCAGCCCAUCAAACCUAACCUUAUUUUCCUGAUAUCUGGUGUGAUUAUGAUUAGACACUUCUUCCUGCUGUUCCCAGAGUCUUGAACUGCCAUAGUGAGUUUUGAGCUCAUGAUACCUGGAUUGCUAAUCCAGCAACCUAACCGCAAAUUAAUAUAAUGCGCCAAAGCACAUUAACUUGCCUCCUGCUCCGCCUGGGUUAAUCAAGUCAUCAAUGGAAGUUUAAGGGUAAGAAGUAGACACUACAUUGCCUGAGAAACAAAUGAGUGGGACCUUAUUUUAGUCAUUUUAUAUUAUGAAGAAAGACAGCAGUAAUGCAUUAAGAGUCAGCUUCUAACGAGGAAGAAUAACAUAUCUUACAUUAUCACCAACAUUGGCAAUGCCUUUGCUUCUGCUCUCCAUAGACUUCAGAACAACUGAAGUUGGUCCAGAUAAAAGUGAACAUAUUUGCAUUAUGCCAGCAGAAAGAUGCAUUAAGAGAUAAAGAAGCUUUUAAUUAACAAAUUCCUCUAGUUACAGGUACUGCAAACUAGCUACUAAGACCUUGCUGCAUUUGUACAUAUAUUAUAGCAUAUUUUUCUUUCUUUACCUAUGGUUUUCUUUAUAAUACACAGAAGAAUAAAAAAAUGGAUUUAAGAUUUUCAAUGUUUUACCAUAAUAUUAAAUGAAAUUUUAAAAAAUAACAGGCCAAAGCAGAUAUUUGUGCGGUCUGCCUAUUUAAGAUCCGAUAUUUAAAUAAUUUAUUAUUUGCUAUUUAUGAUCAGAUUUAAGUACUUCGGUUGACAUUCGUUAUCAUUGUCGCUUCUUGACUUUUAAUAAUUUAAUUGUCAUAACCGGUCUUAUUUAUUUUUGGGGCUCGAGAGGAGAUUUUCUGCCCCUUCACUUUUACUGCCAGAGAUGUAAUUUAAAUUAGAGAUUGUAUAGACAAGCAGAACAUGCCCUGUAAU